AUGACCAUUCCUGCACGUUACAAGGACCACAACUCUGGUCUUGAAACUAAUUCACGAUGUGUAGAAGUCUUCAAAACCAGGCACCAUUACAUUGUUCCUGAAUUUGAACCAAACCAACAAUUCAUCCUCAAUUCAACUAAAGUUAUCGACGAAUACAAAGAGGCUAAAGCUUUAGGUAUUCAAACUCACCCUGUCAUUUUAGGCCGAUCUCCUAUCUGA